AUGAGUAACGUAGCCUCCGUGAGGAGGGCGGCGAGGAGCGCGGCGUCGUCGAGCGCGCUCCGAUCCCACCUCGGGUCCCUCCGAGGCUUCUGGGGCUCCUCCUCAUCGACCGCGGCGCUCGCCGCACCCGACGCCGCGUGGGGCACGCGAUGGACCCGUCGCAGCGCCGUCGUCGCCGCGCUGGGUGACACGCGCGGAACGUUCGAUCGAACGCGAGAUCCGCGGCGGCGCCUCCUCUCCAGCGACGCGAGGGGCGGCAACGUGGCGACCCGCGUGGUGACGGGCGGUGGGGGCGGCGGCGACACCGGAGUCGAGGACGAACGCAUCGUCGACCUCGAGCUUCACCUCGAGGCGUCCCAAUCGUACCUCUCCUACGCCAUGUCGGUCAUCGUCGGUCGAGCGCUCCCCGACGUCAGGGACGGCCUCAAGCCCGUGCACCGUCGCAUUCUCUACGCCAUGCACGAGCUCGGUCUCGACUCGAAGAAACCGUUCAAAAAGUGCGCGCGAGUCGUGGGCGAGGUGCUCGGCAAGUUUCAUCCUCACGGCGACCAAUCCGUGUACGACGCCCUGGUCAGGAUGGCGCAGGACUUCUCCAUGUCCUCGGCGCUGGUGGACGGCCACGGUAACUUCGGCUCGCUCGACGCGGAUCCCCCCGCGGCGAUGCGUUACACCGAGUGCCGCCUCAAGCCCGCCGCCGAGGCGAUGCUGCUGGCGGACAUCGGUCUCGACGCCGUCGACUUCACCGAGACGUUCGACGGAUCCCAGACCGAACCCGCGGUGCUCCCCGCGCGCUUACCCAACCUGCUCAUCAACGGCAGCACGGGCAUCGCCGUGGGCAUGGCUACGUCCAUCCCGCCCCACAACCUGAGGGAGGUUGCGAACGCGUUGGUUCGAUUCGCGUCGGAUCCGGAGAGGUGCACGCUGGAGGAUUUGCUGGAGGUGAUGCCCGCGCCGGACUUUCCCACGGGCGGCAUCAUCGUGCAACAGCGCGGGGGUUUCAAGGAGAUGUACCGCACGGGCAAGGGGGGCGUGAACCUGAGGGGCGCGGCGACGGUGGAGAAGGUUAGCGGCGGCGGCAGGAACGGCCAGGCUCGGGACGCGGUGGUGAUCACCUCCAUCCCGUACCAGACCAACAAGGCUUCGCUCUGCGAGCAAAUCGCGGACCUCGUCAACUCGAGGACCAUCGAGGGCGUGUCGGACGUGAGGGACGAGUCCGACAGGGACGGCAUGCGGGUCGUCGUGGAGAUUCGCAGGGGCGCGGACGCCAACUUUGUCCUCGACCAGCUCUACGCAAGGACGAAGCUGCAGACCAGGGUGAGCGUCAACCUGGUGGGUCUGGUGGGACGGGAACCCAAGGUGUUGUCGCUGAUGGAGAUAAUGCGGGAGUUCCUCGCGUUCAGGUGCGACGCCGUCGAGCGCAGGGCGAGGCACGAGCUCCAGAAGGCGUCCGGAAGGCUCCACGUCGUGGAGGGCUACCUCGCGGUGCAAGCCGCGCCCGACGCGGUUGUCGCCGCCAUCAGGGCGGCAAAGGACGGGCCCACGGCGCAGGCGGCGCUCCAGGAGAAGCCGUUCUGGCUCAGCGAGAAACAGGCGGAGGCUGUGCUGGCCAUGCCCCUGCGACGCCUGACCGGCCUCGAGCACGACAAGCUGAAGACUGAGGAGGCGGAGCUCACCGCUAGGGUGGAGGACCUGACCGGUUUGCUGGGUGACCGGUCGCGGGUCAUCGCCACCGUCGCGAGGGAGGCGAAGGAGCUCAGGGACACCUUCGGCGUCGACCGCAGGACCGACAUAGACACGGACGCGCAGAUCCACGCCAAGAAGAUGAACGUGACCCUCGAUAUGCUCAACUCCCCCUCGCUGGUCAUCAUGACCAACCGCGGGUACAUCAAGCGCAUCGACCCGGCGGUGUUUUCCAAGCAAAACCGGGCGACGCGCGGGAGGAACAUGGGCAAGAUGCGCGGCGGCGACGAGGUCACCAAGGUGACCCACUGCAACGGCCUCGACACCGUCCUCUUCUUCACCGACCGAGGCAGGGUCCACGCGGUUCGCGCGUUCAACAUCCCCCAGGCGUCCACCAGCGCCCUCGGCACCCCGUUCACUAGGGUGCUCAAGCUCGCGGAGGGCGAAUCCAUCACCGCCAUGCUCCCCGUGGACACGACCGAGGAGCCGGGCGAGGAGGGUGAGACCAGCCUCUGCUUCGUCACGGCGCGGGGCCUCAUCAAGCGGACCUGCGCCAGCGAGUUUGUCGGCAUCAGGAACAACGGCAAGAAGGCGCUGGUCCUGAGGAAGGGCGACAGGCUGAAGCACGUGGACAUCGUCAAGAAGGGCGACGGGAUCAUCAUCGGCGGCAUCGACGGGAGCGUCAUCCACUUCGACGCGGAUUCCGUCCGGGCGCAGGGCAGGGCGGCGGCGGGCGUCAAGGCGAUGGCUUUCAAGCCCGACGGUUUGGACGAUACCUCCGAGGACGACGACACCUCCGAGGCGCUCCCGGCGAACGCUUCGGCGGGCGACGUCGAAGACGACAGCGAGGAGGACGGCGAGGAUGAGGACGCCAAGGGGCCGAUGCUCUUCUUCGUGUCCAGCGACGGCAGGGGCAAGCGCAUCUCCGUCGCGCAGUUUGCGCAGCAGUCGAGGGCGGGGCGAGGUAAGAAGGGGAUGGGCCUGAUGAAGGGGAGCAAGCUCGCCGCGCUCUGCCUCACCGGCCUCGACUCGGACGAGCACGAGCACGUCAUCAUAGGAAGCCAGGGCGGCGUCAUGAACAGGUACGACGUCGCCAGCAUCAGGCCGCAGUCGGGCCGCGCCGCAAAGGGCGUGAACGUGAUGAAGCUCUCCGACGGUGACACGGUCAGGGACAUCACGUUGCUCCCGGCGGAGCUCGGUGACGAUGAGUAA